AUGUAUACAACGGCUGCACUGGCUCGCUUCAUCGACUAUCCUCUUCCAACUGCUAUCCAGGCUUUCGAACAGCCGAUACCGACCCUUACCACACGAGCCGUCCAUCUCGAAGUACGAGCGGACGAUGGUGCGCCCACAUACACGAUCACCUACGCAUCUGAUUCAGUCUGUGGCUACCUCUCCGGUUCGGUACAAAUUCCAAUCAGUUGCGAGAAUAAGAACAGAUGUCUGUGGGAACUUGAAUCGUUCAAGUAUAUUGCCUGCGAAAUAGAUGGGGAGACAACUGGUAUUGCUCAUACCAAAUGCCUCGCAAGGGAUGAAGCUCUUGACGCAAAUCUGUGUGACGAUGUUUGCGUGAGCAACGCGUACAAUCUACAGUGCACCAACGACACAGCACCCUACUGCCGUACCUAUGCCUACCCUCGAGGCGUUCGCGAUUAUCGAUGCGCACCCACGCCUGCUACGAGGGUCUCCAGUGUGGACUUUACCUACGACGGACAAAAGUUCCCUGACCCUAUCAUAUCUACAGUGACGGGUGUUGACCGACCGCGUUCAUCAGACUCUAGUUCCACCACAACGGAAGCAGAGGAAUCCUCCUCGACUGCCACUGCAGAGGCGGAGCCAAACCCCAAAAAGAAGGGGCUGUCGGAAGGGGCAAUAGGUGGUCUAAUCGUCGGUGUAAUAUUCGGUGUCCUAUUUGUGAUUGGUGGUAUCUGGUGGUAUCGUCGAACGCACCCUAGGGGAACACAGGCUAAUGCUAGUCUUUCUGAAUCCGUUCCUCCAGUGGGCAAGAGGAGCGAAACUGUUGUCAAUCAGCGAAGUGUUCAGGCAGAAGAUGGGAUAGAGGUUGUCGAGGAGAUAUCUACAACACAACUGAACAAGAUAAUGACUAUGACAGCAUUAAGCAACCCUUCGCAACAUGUGUUUGUGGAUCCCGAGUACAGAAUCUUCAAAGAAAUGAUCGAUAUCCAGAUGCAGCACCAGAGCCCACCCCCAAUGGAUACAGUAGCAGAUAUCCGCAACGCUACGGAUGACGGUAUGCAAGAAAGCGUCCAUUUUGCGCCUUCUUCGUUGCCAUCGUCCUGUGCGCCGCAUUUAAUCCCAAUCACACGUUACAUUCCCAUCGCCACGGCCUCUGCUACCGGACCUCAGAGGGCAAUUCUCUACAUACAUGGAGGUGGCCUAUUUGCCGGCAGUGUGAAGUCUUUCAGACUAUGGGCUGCGGAGUUUGCAGAGCGGUCAGGUACUCAAAUCUUCUCUGUGGACUACCGUCUGGCGCCCGGCUUUGCCAUCGCUCCAUCUUGUGCAAAGAUUGAGCCACCCGCACCUUUUGCUGUCCACGAUGUCUUGGACGCUCUAUCUUGGCUGCAGUUUCUCGAUACGGCAUCCGAGUUCGAUGAACGGAAUGACCUCAACAUAUCGUAUUAUACCAGCCCAGCCAGGUGCUGCGACUUGACUGAGAUGCCACCGACACUGAUCGAUGUGCCGACUCUGGACCUUCUGAAGAAUGAAGCAAUCACCUUUGCUACUCGUCUCGCUAACGCAAAUGUGGCUAUUCAACUCAACGUUUACCCCGGCGUUGCCCACGGAUUCGAUGGCCAGAUACCGGAACACCGUCUAUCAAAGCUGAUGAAGCUCAACAAUGUGCAAUUCAUCCAGAGAUUUUAA